AUGGGACAGCGACAAUCUCGCAGAGAGAAAGCGGAGGGUGGUGAGUGUGUGCACGGGGUCAAUCCCGGUACAUUACUUACACUCACCGACCACAAGGCGGAGGUCCAUCCUCGUUACGACGAGACCCAUGUGUGUGUCGGUGAGGGAGGCGGCCGAGAGAGACAGAAGAAAGGGAGAGACGAGAAGAAGAAGAGGAAGAACAAGAGGUUUCGGAGGUUUGCCUCUUUCUUCUGUUGUAUGUUUCGUCCCAAAUCCACCAGAGCUCAGGAUGAGCAGGUGGAGCAGGGUGAGGUGGACCAGGACACUGACGAGGCCCCAUCCAGGAGGUUUACUGAUGAUCAGACUUCUCUACAGGACGUCAUCUGCUCUGUAGAGGACAAUGAUCAUCAGGAGCCUCCUGCCAGUGCUCCUGAAGUCCUUCCCGCUGCCGAGGACCAGCCUCAAGAUCAGGACAGUCCAGUCAGUCCGUCAGCAGACGAGAGUGCACCACAUCUGCCGAGACAGCUGGACUGUGAUGAGAUCGUGAGGGUUGAGGACCACAUUUGCUGGAAAUACAUCAUCGGCAAGAAGAUGGGGGAAGGAACAUACAGCUCUGUAUAUGAAGGGACCCGCUGUGAGGACGGCCUUCAGGUGGCUGUGAAAUUCACCGCGAAGGUGGAGAACGAGUCGUACAUCAGACUUCCUGACCAUCCCAGACCAGUGCCUCUAGAGGUGGCCCUGACCGUCUUGGCCAAUCAAGGCACCAGCUGUCGCCACAUUAUAGAGUUACUGGACUGGCAGGACCAUCUCGACCAGUACAUCAUGGUGCUAGAGCAGCCCUCACCCUGCAUGGACAUGCACGAUUUUUGGCUGCAUUAUGACGGCCUCUUCAGUGAGGGGAUGGCCCGUCAUUUCAUGCAGCAGGUUAUCGACGCUGCUGCCGUGUGCUGUUCCCGGGGGGUCCUCCAUCGUGAUAUCAAGAUGCCGAACCUCCUGGUCAACAUAGAGACCCUGGAGGUGAAGCUGAUUGAUUUCGGCUGUGGGGACCUCCUGAAAAGCACAUUGUACAAAACCUACAGUGGGACAUCGAGGUACUGCCCUCCUGAAUAUUUUGAGAGGGGCGAGUACAAUGGGAAACAGGCAACUGUGUGGUCACUGGGAGUGCUCCUGUUCCGCAUGAUCACCAGCCUUUUCCCCGAGAGCAGCGAUAUCAGUCUGAUGGACACUGAUAUCUGGUCCCAGCCAGGCUUCUCCAAUGAAUGCUGCCGUUUUAUCCGAGGAUGUCUGAAGAGCGACCCGGGGAAGAGGCUUCAUUUGGAGGAGAUGCUCUUCCAUGACUGGUUUAAAAGCUUCACAGAGCUCCCUGUCAAGCCUGUCCCACAAAUUCCUGGCACUGCUGCCAUAGAGGUUCCUGUCACUCACAUGGCGACAGAGCUGUUUCUCAGCCACCUUGGGCCCAAUGAUCCUGUCAGGGCCGCUGCAGAAAUCCUUGUGAAUGCCACUGUCACUGCCUCUCCAAAACCUGCUGAGGUCAGAGAGAACCGAAUAAAAGGCACCGCAGAGGUCACUCGACAUGGUACCCUUUCAGAGCUGCCCUGGUCCCACAGCUUCUUGUCCAGGCUUGAAGGUUUCUGCUGCUGCAACCCCAGAGCCUGCAAUGGUUUCAGAGCUCUGUCUCAUAACAGCUGA